UUUACUUGUUGGAUUGGCGGGAAAAACCUGAGAACGUAGUUGACGUAGCAAAAUGGUGUCAGAAGAGUCGUUAAUUUCGUGUUUCUGUAAUUUGGGUUGUAAUGUUCCACAUAAAUCUGUUAUUGAAAGAUGUCUUCAACUUUGUCGUGCUCACAACAUGGAUGAAGAAACAUUUGUGGAAUUAUGGGUAGCAUAUGCGGUUCCACAUUCUUUAGAUAUUGAUCCAACAAUAGACAAUCUUAAUAAAAUGGAAGAAGAAGAAUUAAAAAUAAAAACCAAAGAAGAUAUGUGUAAUGCAACAACAUCCACAAUAUCGUGCCCACAAGUUGAUGAUAAAACUAGUCAAGAAAUAAGUGACAACAUUUUGGAUAUGUAUAUCAUUGGAGAAUCUUCUACAUUAAAGCAAAAUAAACGUAUAAGGAGUCCAACGGCAGUAAAUGAAAAUGAUAAUAAAAUCCGAGCAGUGGAUCAAAUAUUUACUCCAUCAACUUAUACUACAAAUGUAACCGUACCAAAUCGUGCACCGAGUUCGACAGUCAGUGGCAAAGUUCUCUUGUAUUUUGGCCCGAGGGUAAAGUCUUGGCGGAAACAAAUCGAACAGGAUGUAUCGAUCGUUAAAGCAGAUAAUCCCCAUGUACCCAAAGAUGUGGUGUACAUGUACGAAAUGCUCUCCAAACAAGGGUCUGCUCUUACUAGUAACUGUGAGAGUUUUGGUGAGCGACUGUGCCAUGUAUGGGACGCGAAGAUGGGACCCACUAAGCCCAAUGUGCGUUACGUGAGAAAUGUUUCGUCGAUAAGUCAAGCACCGUUUAGAACAUGGGGUAGAAUAUUCAUCGUGUUUGAUAAAUCGAUUGGCAGUAAAAUCGUCAUGUUGGAAGGAUGUAAAAGAUCCAAAGGUAAUAACAACGCACCUAUUGUACGUUUGGAUCUCAGUGGUAUUAAACACUAUUCAGUUUUCCCGGGUCAAAUACUUGCCGUGGAAGGUAUUAAUAUAGGGGGAAACGCUUUAGUAGCGAAAGAAUUAUUCGUCAAGGGUCAUGCAGUGAUAGCGGAUGUACCAAAAUUAUUAAAAGAUUUAAGGAUAUACGUUGCGGUUGGCCCGUUUACGCCAUCUGACAAUUUAAAUUAUCAACCAUUAUGGGAUCUUAUGGAACACGUUGUAGAAGAAGAACCCGAUAUAUUGAUACUGGUUGGCCCUUUUAUAGAAUACACCCAUCCUGAAAUUAAAAAGUGUACUUUGAGAGAUACUUAUCAAGACUUUUUUGACAAAAUCUUAGGAAAAAUCGUACGGUAUUUGCAAGGGAAAAGUACUCGCGUUAUAUUGGUAUCUUCUAAUCGUGAUGCGCAUCAUGAUACGGUUUAUCCAACACCAGAAUUUACCAUAAACACAAACAAAAUUGGAUCUAAUGUGACGAAUAUUUAUUCUAUGCCAGAUCCUUGUAUAAUAAGCGUAGAAGGUUUAGAAAUCGGAAUCACUUCCGUGGAUGUUCUUAGACAACUUGGACAACAGGAAGUAUCGAACACAUCGGGAAUGGAUAGAGUCGGUCGUUUAGCCGAUCAUGUAUUAUCCCAAGCUUCCUUUUAUCCUUUGUAUCCACCUUCUAUAGGGUUGAAUCUCGAUACGACACUUUGGAAAAAAUAUGCUUGCUUUGAACGUCAACCGCACAUCAUGAUUUUACCUUCUGAUAUUAAGUACUAUUGUAAACCACUGAAUGAAUCUGUCGUUUUAAAUCCGGAACGACUGCAAAAAUAUACUUAUGCCAAAUUGUAUGUACGAGCAGUGAAUAAUGGCAAGUGGAAUCCGAACAAUGUAUCUUGUGAGAUUGUGAAAGUUUGAUAAUUUAUUAAUGUCCCUCGUUUUAUAUGAUUCUUUUAUAAAAGAAAAUUUAUUUUGUUGCAAAUACUAGAAUGUUAAAACAACAAUAAAUAGAAUAUGAGUUUGCA